AUGCCUCCCACCAAAGAACCCUUUACCUUAACGGCCCCUCCAUCCACCGAUAUCUGGCGCAAACCUCCCACCACCGAUGUUUUCAACGCACCAACCAAUAUGACACCCAAAAUCCCUCUCACAUCAUUCUCCUCCUCCAAAAUUACCUUUUCAUUCCGUUGCAAAUAUCGUUAUGACCAAGGUUGUCUUCUCCUCCAUCUCACCAAAGCCGGUUCCAAAGAUCGUUGGGUAAAGACAGGUAUUGAGUUUUACCAAGGUAAACCUUAUGUAAGCACUGUUGGAUGCGACAACUUUGCAGAUUGGAGUAUCUUACCGACAGGUUUUGACCCAAGUAAAGAUGUGGAGGUCACGAUUGAAGUAAGGAGAGAAGUGGAUGAGAAUGGGAAGUCAUUGUGGGUUUAUUGGGUACGAGGUGAUGAAAUUAUACCACUUAGGGAGAUUGCCUGGUUUUUUGCUGGUGAGGAAGGUUGGGAUAUCGCGGCAGGAGCAUUGGCUUGUAGGCCUGCUACUGAGGAAGCUACUAAUGGGGAAAGUUUAGAAGUCAAGUUUUGGGAUUUUGCGUUGGAGCAAAGAGCAUGA